AAUUAAAUGCAUCCUAUCCAAUAUGUGGGUGAAGGCAAACAAACAAGUUUAGAAACCGAUGGUAGCUUGAUCACAUGGUUAAGAUAUGGGUCUUAUAGGAGAGAGAUAAUGGUAAGAGAACCAUACCUGGCAUUUGCAGUGAUGUUCCUCUUGCUGAAGCUGGCAAUGAUCAUCGUCCCGAGAGUGAUAUCGCGCAUGAAAGCGAUCUGGGCGUCUCAAAUUCCGCAAAUUCUGAAAUUGGGAAUUAUUGGUGAGACAAGUCGACUGUUUGGACGAGCCCUUCAUAUGAUCGACUUGAGGAUGAAGCUGAGACUCACCAAAACCAGCAGCUUCCACGAGAGGGCAAAGAAGGCCAGGGCGUGGGCUUCAUCUCUUGCUUCCAUCUCUCCUGAAAAACCUUCUCCCACCAUAUCCUCCUCUCAAGGGUGAUUGAUAAGAUGAAACCCCUUUCAAGAUUUUUCUCUAUCUUGUUCCUGUCAGCUAGAAAAAAAAAAAGAGAGAUCAAAGCUGUAGUGUUCUGCAAAUCUUUCAGGGUAUGAUGAGUCGCAUAUGAAUAUCAAAAGGGCGUUGUCAAGGAAGAAAAUGAUGGUUUGCAUAUGUGGGUCCAAUAGGACCACUUCUUGUGUAGAUAAGCUUUGUGUUGGUCGUCGCCAUCUCAUUGACGAAGCAAAGAAUAUGUACAUUUUCACACUCCACACUGGCAGCCCAAUGUAUUUACCAAGUUGAUUUGAAUAUUCCUCUCUGUUUUCAUCUUAAAUUCCACCGAUUAUACGCCAAAAGAGUUAAAAAAAAAUUGCAAAUUGGUGUAUUCUUUUGAGAGAGAGAAAAAAAAUACAAACUUGAUCUUUUGAUAGACCAUGUCUCGGGAGAUUGAACGUUUUUUUAAAUCAAAACAGUUAUAUUAAGACAUGAGAGAGAGAGAGAGAGAGAGAGAGAUGGAUCUAGGAGAGUGGGAAUUACUCUCAAGGAGCAACUACAAUAUCAUUGAUCAUCUUGAUGAUGAUGGUGUGAUGAUCAGAAACCCAAAUCCAAACCACGAAAGGCACCUCGACAUGGAUCACUUCAUUAUCUGCCCAUCUCAAGAUCCUACAAAACAGACCGAACACAACCCAGGAUCCCAAGUGGUCCCCACGCAGCUUCUUCAAGUUCCCAUUACAUGGGAACCCAUUUUCAGCCCGGAAGACACCGAUCACGAUAAGAUGACCAAACUCACCGACAAAGUCUCCGUCCUUCUCCCCGUCGAGAUCCAUCCGGGUCUUCUCCCUGACCCGGUUCCAUCUCCUCAUCGAGUAUCCUUCAAGAAAAUGAAGGGAAACGAAUCUGUCGACAUGAAAUUAAUUGACCCGGCAAAGGUCACUAGCCACCUGCCUGGGAUCGGGUCGGAGGGUGAAGACGGUGGCUUGGGGAGCAAGAAAGAUGAUUUGGAUAAAGGUCUGAACAAAGGGAAUGAUGGUGAGGAACUGAAUCUGUGGAAACUGGGUCUCACUGGGAUUGGGGCUAUUUGUUCGUUCGGCGUUGCGGCCGCUGCUGCUACAAUCUGCGCCGUCUUUUUCGGAAACAACAACAAGAACUGUCGGAACAAGAACCAGGUUCUUAGGCUCCAGAUUUACAGCGAUGAUGAUAAGGAGAGGGUGAAAGAGGCAACGGAUCCAAAGGAAUCAAUUUCUGUGAUGGUCUUUGAAUCUCAGCCGUCCAAGCUUUCCCAGUGAACGGUUCAGAUCAAGUAUCUCCCACCAACGACAUACCAAUCAUAUACUUGUACAUACAGACAAAACAGAACCAUUUAAAUAGAUUAUGUAAAUUACUGUCUUCAUCAAUAUACAGAUAAUACAUAAUUUACUUUACUGUACGGAAAUCCGUGAUUAUAUAUUUCAAAUUCAAACCGGUUCA